AUGCUCGAAACCCGCCGAGUCCGCGCGAACUUUUACGCGGUGAGGCGUAGCAGAGAUGCUAUAUGUCGAAGGCGCAUUUCCGAAGGUUCAGCGCUCCGCGGAAGCAGUCCUUCAGCUGGCUAUGAUUCGCACUGCGGCGGGCUGUGUUUAGGGACGAAUCUCCGUCCACGCCACUUCCAGCUUGGUGACCACGGGGACAACCAGAGUGGGAGAUUCGCAGACUGGAGGGAACGGGAUACCGGCAACUGGGGUGCGGAAGGCUCGAACAUUUCGCCGAAAAACGUCCUGCAAGGCCAUGUUCCCGUCGCAACUCCUCGUGACGACAUUACUCGAGCCCUGAAAAAGGAAAUACAAAGCAGAGACUCGGAUGCAUCUGUCUGGACACUUGCCAGCGUUAGCACCGAGUCUCCCGAAAAUACUCGCAGGCGCACUAUGUCACCGACGUCGACUCGGAGAAGCAGUGCUGCCUCAGUGGUUAUCAGACGGCCCUCUGGAGCCGCCAGUGUACACCUACCCGGGAAAACUCCUGAACUUCACCGUGCGCAGAAACAAGGUGAUAAUGAAACGAGGCGCAGGCCAGCAAGCUGCAGCAGCCGGCCUGCGGCCACAGCUGAAAUAAGAACAGACAUGGACGAAAUCGACGAGAAAGUACUUGACGUGGAAACGAGAUUCAGGGACGGUUUUGUUCCCGGUUUCGUGGCGAGUACCGACCAACUAAGGUACGGGAGCAGGAGCUCCAUAUCAGUCUCUGCAGAAGACUCGAGCCAAGGCGUAGCUGGGUCCACUACGCCAAGCGACGGGACAUGUUCUGCAAAGGCGCUGCUACGUAGUGCGUGGUCUAAGGGGGAAGCACAGCUGCGACACAGGGAACGUACUCGUCUCCUUAGUUCCAUGCAAGACCGUCUCCUAGAAUCUGCGGGGGAGAGUCUACCCCCGAAUUUUGAGUGUCUGGGACGCAGGCGCGAGAGACUGAUGCGAGCCUCUGUUCUCGAGAGGUUGUCGUUUCAGACCCGUUGGAUCUUCUCACGGGCACCGUGGGUUGUUCCUCGCUUGAUUCCUACUUUUGAAGAGUGA